AUGAAAAGGACACUCGUUGAUAAUGGGAGUUCGACCAACAUUCUCUUCAUGGAUGCUUACAAAGGAUUAGGGCUGGAUGAGAAUGCACUGACGCGAAAAUCCACACCACUGGUAGGAUUUAGCGGUGAAGUAAAGCAGACCAUAGGAGAAGUGACGCUGCCUGUGUAUGCAGGAGGAAUUAACCGACAGACAAAGUUUCUGAUACUAGAUUGUGCUACUGCGUACAACGCAAUUAUGGGACGUCCCUGGAUUCAUGACAUGGGGGCAGUGCCAUCGACACUCCAUCAAACCAUAAAAUUUCCUACUCCAUGGGGAGUCAAAGAGAUCAAGGGAGAACAAGAGCAUGCACGUUCAUGCUACCAAACUACCCUAAAAGGGAAAGGUCAUGAGCUAUAUCAACUAGAGAUCCAAUCGUCGAUUCCACAUACCAAAGAAGCAGAGGUGGAACAACUCUGUGAGAUCCACUGA